AUGCCGACGUCCGCGCCACCCAGCAGACUCAGAGAAGCAGGGAUGGAGAGACCCUUAGCCCAAAGACUUCGCAGCCGCUUCGUCGAACAGAACGGAGAAGUCUGCGUUGCAAAGGAUGUCAGUGGGCAUAUUGCCUGGCAGGCCCACGACGUUCCAUGCCGACCAGAGGGACUGUUGGUGACGCUGCAAGAAGGGUUCGUAGCGCUGAAGGAGGAGUUCAGGAAGGACGGGGGACUUGAUGAACGAGUUGAGAAGUGGAUGGAAGAGGUAGAGGAGCCGGUUGGCGACGAGGUCGAAAGCAGGGAAGCUGCUCAGCCUGAGACUACGGGAUCGACGGAAGAACAGCCACCGGGGGAAGAAGAAGCAGUGGCCGCCAAGACGUGCGAUGAUGUGGACAUGUCGUUCGCAAGCUGGACGAUGUGGUGA